ACUCCAUUCCAUUCCUUUACUCUACACAUCACACAACAAAUAAAUUCUUGAAAAUAUUCCCCAUAUAGAAAACACAUAUAACUUUCGAUACCUGAAAUAUCUACACGAAAUUUGCUGCAAAUGGCCAAUGAGACAGAACAGCUAAUGUUCCAAUUGGAACUGGAAAAUAUUGAAGGUGCCGAUUUUCAGUCGGGUUAUAGCCUGAAUGGCAAACCCAUUCUGCCUCCCAUGAUGACUGACUGGAAAAGACUGGAAAUGAUGCGUCUUCGUUUGUGCGCUUUGACCAAGGAAGUCAUCUUGAAAAGAAAUCAAUUAAAUAGUACUGAAAAGCAAGAUGCCUCCACCAAUACCAAAAAACUUGAGGUAAUCCAACCUUUAAUGGUAAUGGGUCGCUUUCGACAAAAACUAGAGCGAUCAGAGACCAUGAUCUAUGAUUACACGGCCAAUAUGGUAAUGCAGAUUGAAACCGGCUUAAGUUUGCCCAUUCUGAUGACCUCUCAACUGGUAAUGGAGAAUUCUGAAAAACCUAAACCUCAACGAGCUGUGAUGAAGGUUAACGCCGUUCAAAUGGGAGCCUCGGAAAUUGGUUGGGCAGUCAAAUGGGAUCCAUUAAAGUCGCAAAAUAACCAACCAAAGGAGGGGGAAGAAAACCUGAAGCGUUGCAAGACCAGUCCAGAUCUCUUAAAACUGCCUAAUACACUUUGGCGAAGAGCUCCCAUUGAGGUUCCCAUACCGCAGCUUCCUUCAGCCAUCAAAAGUGAUCCACAGAUUGCUAAAUCUUCGAUUGGUAAAAUGCAGAGUCGUAUACCCAAGCUGAUUCCACUACCUCCAACUGAUUCCCCUCAACUCGUCAAAAUCCAGACUGCCAGAAUAACCACAAAACGUGGCAAUCAAUCUAGGAAAAGCGAAGUUCCAUCUACCAAACCUACAAAGCCUACGACUAGAACCGCCCACUUAAGUGCCCCGAAAAGCAUCAUAACUCCAGUGCCGCUUCAUAAGAGACCCGGAUAUGUGGGAAGCGAGCUGGAGAUCCAGCAGAACCUGUUCAAGAACCUGGUCCUUAAACAGGCCGAGGAGAAUCAGCGCCUGCAGGCCAAAAUGCAACAGCAGCACCAGGGACUCAUCACCACGAUGAUCAAUGAACUCAACCACGCCAUCGAGAUCUCCGAUCCCAUUUAUCCUGUAGAGAGGAUUCGGGAGUUGGACCAUAGCCCAACCUCCAGUGAUCCCAGUCAGAACUAAGAACCAAAAUCGGAGAUCUCCGUUGGUUUUUCGCCAGAUACAAUAUCAAAAUUUUGAACGUUCAGCCGGGAACGAAACUGAGGAGAAUCUAUUAUAGAAGAAAAACAGAAACAGACGGGGAGAACAUAUGUAGUAUCAUCCAGGGAGAAUUUUCAACUUUCACCGCACUUUAAUUGAAAUUGAAAAUUCUUGACUGAGAAAGCAAAAGGAAUUCUUCAGUUCGCUCAGGAAAUGUAUGUAGUUAUUCGUUGGGGUGCGACUAAUUCGUCGGUAUAGCAGAAAUCUGUAUAUAUUUCAUGUGGACUAUUGUCAAUCGGAUUCCACAAGGUCCCCCCUUUUCACCCCAUAGAGGUCUUAUAUUUUUAAUAAGAUUUUUUUAAGAAAUGUAAA